AUGGCAGCCUCCAAAGUAACCUUGGAGCUCCUCAUUGAUACAAAAUCCUUACUGUUGGGACUGUCAUCAAGCUCCUCACAAAGCAAUCCACGGUGGGACAAGAACUCUCUCUUAAACCCUAAAAUCUUCUCUACUAAAGCACCAAUUUGGUUGCUCGAUGAUAUCCCAGUGACCAAAAAAAAGCUCCACAAGUGCUCGAAGGAGGAGGCGGCGGCCGGAGAACUGGGAGGCUUUGUCAAAGGGCUGGUCACGUAUAUGGUGGCCGAUGACUUGGUGGUUCAACCUAUGUCUACCAUCUUUUGCAUUAAUGCGCUUAACAAGUUCAAUGUGAAACAAGUGGGUGCUCUUGUUGAUUUGGGGAUGGAUGAGAUUGGGGGAAAUGCCAGAGUGGAGAGAGACAAAGCUAGUCAGAGAAAGUCUCUCCCAUGUGACUGA